AUUAUUUCGCCCUUCUCCGUUUCUUGUUGCUUUCGUACACGCAGGUACGGCCCACACUGAACCAGCGCAGACCGGAUCAGUUUGUUAUAAAAGUCUUAACUCAAUCGAAUCAAUACUUCGAAGACGGAAAUUAUCAAACUUGGACGUCCUACCUAGGAAGCCUAGACCCAACCUGCACUACCUAUCAACUUCAUCCUUCGCCGAUUCACACGUCACAAUGGCCGCACUGCUGGUGCCGAUCGUGAAAACCGCGUUCGCCGAAUUCCUCAAGCGGCAACGUGACGCCAAACCCACGAAUCCAUGCUUGCGAUGGGAACAGCAACCCACCACGGGGCCUCCUCCGUCUAAUAGCGAGUGGGUCUUUUGGCUCGUCUACGCCCUCAUAUGUUUCAGCCUGAUAUGGCUCAUCUUCGGACCGGCCAUUUGGACAUCAGCGGAAGAUACGAAUAGAGAGGGACAAUACGAGUGGGACCAAUUAUUACAGGAAGCCGUGGAGAAUGAAAGAAGACUCCGUAGGAGUUCGGAAGUCUCUAUCAAGGAGGUAGAGCAGGACACCGAAAACGCCGUUCCAGAAUCAGACCACGAGAAUGAGAAGGAGUACGAGUUCCAUCUGGCGAAUGGCAAGUUGCUGCAGAUGGUAGAGAAGCUGCAAAUCGAGUACAGAGAUCUCCACAGCUAUAUUUUCAAAUUGGAGUAUAUUAGAGAGGCGCUGGACAGCGAGAAAAUGGAGCUGAAGCAGGCUUGGGAUCGGCUGCAGUUCGAGGAGAUGAAGAAGCGGUCUGGAGAGCAAGAGGAGGGUUGGCGGAUGAUUGGGGACCUCGAGGAUCCGCAAGUCGACCAUGAUUUCGUUGUGGUUUCUGACGAAGAUAAGAUAUAG